AUGAGCUCCAAAAUAACUGGGACACUUGAAGUAGACUAUGGACUUCUUGAUAGUAUGGGCAACCUCGCCCGCCAUCCAACCCCGGUGGGAACGAGAGCGUCGGAAUCGAGUCAGCAAAUCUCCCUCGAGGAAACGGAGAGCGGUCUGAGGCUGGCUCCCUACGACACAGGUUUUGACGCCAACGAGCGAUCAUACGGCUCCGUCUCACCGCGAGAUGCAUACCGUUGUUGGAAUGCGCUUGGUAGCUGCACGCCAAGGGGAUCUCUGAUGUACCUCCUGCGGCUCGUCUGUUUCUUAACCCUGCUCGGAGUGACCGCGGCGCUGUUUAUUUUCGCUGUGGAUCUCGCGGUGCACGGACUGGAGGAGCUGCGCAUGAAGAUCAGCCGUCUCGCUGGACGGUUCGCCGGCUAUAUUCUGUACGUAGUAUCCGGCGUCGCGUUGUGCCUGCUGUCGACGUUUUGGUGCGCUGUUCUAAGCACCGAGGCGGAGGGGUCCGGCCUCCCGCAGAUGAAGUCAAUACUUUCAGGGUUCUAUGACAAAAUGAGAAGUGCUCUUGAACUUCGAGUUCUUUUUGCAAAAGCACUGGGCCUCAUAUGUGCGAUCGGUGGUGGCCUGCCCGUAGGCUGGGAGGGCCCCAACGUGCAUAUCGCCUGCAUCAUUGCUCAUCAGUUCUAUCGGCUAGGUGUUUUCAAGGAGCUUUGUACAGACCGGGCCCUGCGCCUGCAGACUUUGGCGGCAGCAUGCGCAGUGGGUCUUGCAUCCUCGUUUGGUGCGCCUCUUGGAGGCGUACUCUAUUCCAUUGAAACCAUAGCUUCAUUCUAUCUCGUGCAAGCUUUUUGGAAGGGGGUGCUGAGUGCGCUAUCCGGUGCCAUCGUUUACGAGCUGCUCUAUACGACGCCACUCGUUGAGGCAUUUGAGGGUACAAACUUUGACGCUUCCGAUGUGAGCCGAACACAAACUUUGCUGUACGCCAUUCUGGGGGCUCUCAUGGGCGUUCUUGGAGCAUUAUUCAUCCGCUGUGUCCGUAGCAUCUACGAACUACGAAUGCGACACUAUCCAGGCACUAAUCGCUACUUUCUUGUGGGUGUCGUGGCGCUUUUUGCGUCGGCGCUGCAGUAUCCAUUUCGCUUGUUUGCGUUGGACCCACGCGCCACGAUCAAUGAUCUGUUCAAGGCUGUGCCGCUGUACCAAACGGAUCAUUUUGGCUGGACAGAACUGAUACUAAUGCCUAUAAUUAAGUUCAUUUUGGUUGCUUUGUCCAUCGGUCUUCCACUUCCCGCCGGUGUCUUUGUGCCCAGCUUUCUCAUCGGAGCCGGCUUCGGGCGGCUGUACGGUGAGCUGAUGCGUGUUGUGUUCGGGAAUGCGAUCGUUCCCGGCAGCUAUGCAGUUGUGGGGGCAGCCGCCUUCACAGCAGGCGUCACUAGGGCGCUCUCGUGUGCAGUAAUCAUCUUCGAGGUAACCGGUCAGAUUCGGCACCUUGUGCCUGUUCUGAUUUCGGUUUUGCUGGCAGUUAUUGUGGGCAACGCUUUCAAUCGAUCGCUGUACGAAACGCUUGUUCUGAUGAAACACCUCCCCUAUAUGCCAAUUUUGCGGAGAGAUAGGAGCCCUGAGAUGACGGCUCGAGAAAUCAUGCACCCGAUAGAGGGAGAACCUCAUCUUUUUCCAGAUUCAGAGCCACAACAUAUUAAGGGGAUCCUUGAGAAGUUUCCGAAUAGACUGGUUUUUCCCGUGAUCGACGCAAACGGAUACCUUCUUGGCGCUAUAUCUCGGAAGGAAAUUGUGGAUCGACUGCAACACGUACUAGAAGAUGUUCCAGAGCCGAUCGCCGGCCACCGGACCUUAGUCCUUCUGGACGCUGCGGAUCUGAGUGAGAAUAUCGAGGGUCUUGUCGAUGAAACGCCAAGUGGCGAGCAUUCAUCCAAAGGCAAGCGGACCGCGACAGUUUUGGAACCAACCUCCUCUCUUGUCGUCCCUUGUGAUGUUUCGCCCAUUGUGGUCACGAGCUACUCGCUCGUUCGACAACUUCAUUUUCUUUUCGUUAUGCUGAUGCCUUCAAUGAUAUAUGUCACCGAACGUGGGAAACUAGUCGGUAUCGUCGAACGCGAGGAUGUCGCGUAUGGAUACCGCGAGCCGGAGCAGACGAGUUGA